ACAGGGUUCUGUGAUGUCAUUCUUUACCUUCUAAAAGCCAAUGGUUCAUAGGUUUGAUGGAGAUGUACUCCAAAAGAACAAGACGGAACCGUGACAAGCAAGUGACUAGUCGAAUGCGGAUAAGUCAAUUGACCAAUUUCAGCGAUUGGCAACGCUCUUUCUCCUCCUCCGUUCGAGCUGUUGCUGCCCCCCACUCCUAAAAAGUUCACAAUCGAAGGAAGAGUAUACGCGCACGCAAUAUAUAUACGCAGGCCGUAGCCCGUACAGUGUCUCUGUAUACGAGAGAGAAUGGCGGAGGAGCGGCCAAGAGUCAUGAGCGGCAGGAGGGUGUUCAAGUCGCUGCAAUCAGCGGCGGCUCAUGGAUUGCUGCUCACCUUCACUCUGCUUCUCGCUCUGAAGCUCGAUCGAGACAUUUCAUACCCUUGGUGGACUGUUUUCAUCCCUCUUUGGUUAUUUCAUGUGGUUGUAGCAAGGGGUAGAUUCUCCUUACCUGCUCCAUCAAUGCCUCAUGGUCGAAAUUGGGCACCACAUCAUGCUAUUAUGGCAACUCCAUUGCUGGUUGCUUUUGAACUGCUGCUAUGUGUACAUCUCGACUGCCAUUAUGCUGUAAAUUUGAAGAUUGUUUUCAUUCCGCUGCUAAUGUUUGAAUCUGCCAUUUUGGCUGAUAAUGUUAGAAUGUGUAGGGCUUUGAUGCCUGGAGAUGAUGAAAACCUGACUGAUGAGGCCAUAUGGGAAACCCUUCCUCAUUUUUGGGUUGCAAUUUCCAUGGUCUUCCUCAUUGCAGCAACGACUUUCACUCUUCUAAAACUGUGUGGCGAUGUAGUUGCUCUUGGCUGGUGGGACCUAUUUAUUAACUAUGGGGUGGCUCAGUGUUUUGCCUUCCUUAUCUGCACAAAAUGGCAUAAUCCUGCCAUUCAUAGAAAUUCUCAUAUUCAAUCACCCAGUUGGGCCAGUUCAGCUUCAGCAAGUGUCAGAUAUUCUAGCCGGCGUAACAGUUUGCUGCCAUCUUUAGAUGAUGAUUUUGAAGAGAGCAGAAUUUGCAGUUUGCAAGAAAUUGGCGGGCACAUUAUGAAAGUCUUGCUUGUCGGUUUUGAGAUAGUGCUUUUUAUGCGACUAGCGGAAACUCCGCCUAGUGCUAGACAUAUUCCAAUCUCAGUUUUGUUUGCUCCUAUUUUCCUGCUCCAAGGGGUAGGAGCUCUGUUUGCUAUCUAUAGAUUUGUGGAGAAAGUAAUGCUUCUACUAGAUACUGAAGCUGGUGACAGAAACUAUUUUAGUGUACCUGCUAGGAUUCGUGAUUCUUUAGGGUUUCUUCACCGUGGAUCAAGGUUGUUGGGUUGGUGGUCAAUAGAUGAAGGAAGUCGUGAGGAGCAAGCUCGUCUUUAUCAUGCCCAGACACCGGAGUAUAAUACUUUUUCACCUGAUGCUGUAAAGAAAAUGCCCAAAGCAGAGCUUGUAGAGGAGAUAUGGAGACUGCAGGCUGCACUGGGUGAGCAAACUGAGGAGUCGGAGUUAAACCAGGAGGAGUUUGAGAAACUUCAAAACGAAAAGGUACUGUGUAAAAUUUGCUUCGAAAAGCAGAUAAACGUUGUUCUCCUUCCUUGUAGGCAUCACAUUUUGUGCAGCAUCUGUUCGGAGAAGUGCAAAAAGUGCCCCAUUUGCCGUGUAUACAUUGAAGAGCGUCUAUCUGUAUAUGAUGUAUAGCUAACUCAGAACCUGGGCUGUUUGUAACUAAAAAAGAAGCAGCAAGGAGUAGAUGCUGUCAUGGUGAGUGCAGUUUUAAUCAGUCAAGUCACCAUGGUGGAUUGUAGGUGUGUACACUACUCUCUACCGAUGUGUGUGUGUACACAAACACACACGAAGUAUAUAGUAAUAUAGUAUAUAACAGCCAACGACAUGUUUGCAUGUGUUUAGAGAUGCAGACAACAUUUGUAACUAGGAAGUAAUGAAACCAAAUCAAUUCUGACUAUUUGCUUUGAAUUUGACUGUUUCCCAUAAAGUUUAUGCUUCUAUAUUUUUUAUGAUGGAACUUCAAAGAUAUAUCUUAUUAGCUUCGAUUCUUCGAUUCGAACUCCUGAUUUAAUUGGAAUAUAUUAGGUUUUAUUGAA